ACUCAAAUCUAAGCUUCGCACGACAGAGCUCCUAAAGAUAUUCCCUCUCUCUCUGACCACCCAUAAACUUCGAGUUCAACCUCUCAAAUAUUUCUGAAAAAGAAGGAAAAAAAGGGGAGAAGAAAAAAAUCUAAAAUUACAGUGAGUGAAAUAUCGGAAGGGUUUUGUUCAGAAAUCGGCUUGCAGAGAACUCUAGCAGGGAAACGUUAAGGGCGGAAUGUUGAAUUACGAAAUUUUGAUUCUUGAUUGGUAGCGGUUUUGCGGUUACGGCUACGGCUACGGCUACGUUUAAAACAAUUUUUAUUUGUAGGAAGGAUAAUUCUCUUCUAUGGCGGGUUCAUGUGAGAGGUGGAUUGAUGGUCUUCAAUUCUCCUCAUUGUUCUGGCCUCCGCCGCAGGAUGCGCAGCAACGAAAGGCUCAAAUUAAAGCCUAUGUUGAUUACUUUGGUCAAUUUACAUCAGAACAAUUUCCAGAGGAUAUUGCCGAGUUGAUCUGUAACCGUUAUCCAUCAAAGGAAAAGCGUCUUUUUGAUGAUGUAUUGGCUACAUUUGUCCUGCAUCAUCCAGAGCACGGGCAUGCAGUUGUCCUUCCAAUUAUUUCAUGUAUCAUUGAUGGUACUUUGGUGUAUGAUAGGACCAGUUCUCCAUUUGCUUCUUUCAUAUCCUUAGUCUACCCAAGCAAUGAGAAUGAGUACUCAGAACAGUGGAUUCUGGCAUGUGGGGAGAUUUUGCGAGUUUUAACUCAUUACAAUCGCCCAAUAUACAAGAUGGAACAACCAAAUAGUGAUACCGAAAGAAGCAGUAGUGGCUGUGAUGCUUCCACAAGUCACUCUAUUGACAAACAAUCCAGCUGUAUUCCUUCGGUACAACAAGAGAGGAAACCUUUGAGGCCUUUGUCUCCCUGGAUAAUGGAUAUAUUGCUAGUAGCGCCUCCCGCUAUCAGGAGUGACUACUUCCGGUGGUGCAGUGGUGUCAUGGGUAAAUAUGGUGCUGGAGAGCUCAAGCCACCUACACUUGCUUCUUCUCGUGGAUCUGGAAAGCAUCCUCAGCUCAUGCCAUCGACUCCAAGGUGGGCUGUUGCUAAUGGUGCAGGUGUCAUACUAAGCGUUUGUGAUGAGGAGGUUGCUCGAUACGAAACUGCUACUUUAACAGCAGUUGCCGUCCCUGCACUUCUGCUUCCUCCUCCAACAACAGCUCUAGAUGAACACCUCGUUGCUGGGCUGCCUGCUCUUGAGCCAUAUGCACGCUUAUUUCAUAGGUAUUAUGCCAUUGCUACUCCCAGUGCCACCCAGAGACUUCUUCUUGGACUUCUAGAAGCGCCGCCAUCAUGGGCUCCAGAUGCACUUGAUGCUGCUGUCCAACUUGUGGAGCUCCUUCGGGCUGCUGAAGACUAUGUAUCUGGAAUUAGGCUUCCUAGGAACUGGAUGCAUUUGCAUUUCUUGCGUGCAAUUGGGACUGCAAUGUCUAUGAGAGCAGGCAUAGCAGCUGAUGCUGCAGCAGCUUUACUUUUCCGUGUACUCUCACAGCCAGCAUUGCUUUUUCCACCAAUACGGCAAGUUGAAGGAAUCGAAGUUCAACACGAACCUUUAGGAGGUUACAUCUCAUGCUAUAAAAAGCAGAUUGAAGUGCCAGCGGCUGAAGCAACUAUUGAAGCUACUGCCCAAGGAAUUGCUUCUAUGCUUUGUGCCCAUGGUCCUGAGGUUGAAUGGAGAAUAUGUACCAUAUGGGAAGCUGCCUAUGGCCUGAUUCCAUUAAGUUCGUCCGUAGUUGACCUCCCUGAAAUCAUAGUUGCAACUCCGUUGCAACCACCCAUGUUAUGUUGGAAUCUGUACAUACCUCUCCUAAAGGUUCUGGAAUAUCUUCCUCGUGGUAGUCCUUCAGAAGCAUGUCUUGUGAAGAUAUUUGUUGCUACUGUUGAAGCGAUUCUCCAGAGAACAUUUCCACCUGAGUCCUCCAGAGAACAAUCCAGAAAAACAAGAUACCUUUCUGGCAUUGGGUCUGCCUCCAAAAACCUUGCUGUGGCAGAGCUUCGUACUAUGGUCCAUUCGCUUUUCCUAGAAUCUUGUGCCUCUGUAGAGCUCUCUUCACGCCUGCUUUUUGUUGUGUUAACUGUAUGUGUUAGUCAUGAAGCUCAAUCCAGUGGGAGCAAGAAGCCGAGUGGUGUAGAAACUUGUCCACCUAAUGAAAUCAUUGAGGACUUGCAAGCAAUAUCUGAAACGCAAAAACAGAAGAAAACUAGGAAGUUGAAAAGGCCAGGGCCUGUAGCAGCAUUUGAUUCAUAUGUUCUAGCUGCUGUUUGUGCUCUUGCCUGUGAGCUUCAGUUAUUUUCUCUGAUUCCGAGGGUGAGUAAUCACUCAAAGUCAAAAUCACAUGUGGCCAAGCCUAUGAAAAUAAGUGGAUCUAAUGAUGAGUUUCAAAAUAGUAUUGACUCAGCUAUUCGUCAUACCCACAGAAUCUUGGCAAUUUUAGAGGCACUUUUUUCGCUGAAGCCAUCUUCUAUUGGAACCUCAUGGAGUUACAGUUCAAAUGAGAUAAUUGCGGCAGCCAUGGUUGCUGCACAUGUUUCUGAGUUAUUUAGGCGGUCAAAAGCUUGCAUGCAUGCUCUCUCAGUCUUGAUGCGAUGCAAGUGGGACAAUGAAAUUUACACCAGGGCAUCAUCACUGUACAACCUCAUUGAUAUUCAUGGCAAAGCUGUUGCAUCCAUUGUCAACAAGGUUGAACCAUUGGAAGCGCACUUAAUACAUGCGCCAGUGCAGAAAGAUUCCCUUGUGGGUUCUGAUGGCAAAAAACAAAAAACAUGUGAAAAUGGUGCUUGCUUUGGUCAAGGGCAGCAAUCUACCACUCAGUUUUUGGAUUCAUCUCAUUCAGAUACUAAAUCUAUGUCUCAGAGAGCAUCAAAUUCAAAUGAAGGCUCAGGAAAUACCUUGGGUAAAGGCGUUGCAAAUUUCCCAUUAGAUGCAUCAGAUUUAGCUAACUUCCUCACGAUGGACAGGCAUAUAGGAUUUAAUUGCUGCACACAAGUUCUUAUUAAAUCGGUGAUGGCAGAGAAACAAGAGUUAUGUUUCUCUGUUGUGUCAUUGCUGUGGCACAAGUUGAUUGCAGCUCCUGAAACCCAACCAAGUGCAGAAAGCACUUCUGCCCAACAAGGUUGGAGGCAGGUUGUUGAUGCGCUAUGCAAUGUUGUAUCAGCAUCACCAACAAAAGCAUCUACAGCUGUUGUUCUUCAGGCGGAGAAGGAAUUGCAGCCUUGGAUUGCAAAAGAUGAUGAUUGCGGACAGAAGAUGUGGAGAGUGAACCAACGGAUUGUAAAAUUGGUCGUGGAGCUCAUGAGGAAUCACGAUCGGCCCGAAUCAUUAGUAAUUUUGGCAAGUGCAUCAGAUCUACUUCUGCGUGCAACAGAUGGGAUGCUCGUUGAUGGAGAAGCUUGCACUUUACCACAGCUGGAGCUGCUGGAAGCAACAGCUAGAGCAGUUCAGCCGGUGCUGGAGUGUGGAGAAUCUGGGGUGGCAGUUGCAGAUGGCCUUUCAAACCUCUUAAAGUGUCGCCUACCGGCUACCAUCCGAUGCCUUUCUCAUCCGAGUGCUCAUGUCCGUGCUCUAAGCACAUCAGUUCUCCGCGAUAUCCUGCACACUGGUUCAAUCAAAUCAAAUUCAAAACCGGUGAACAUAAAUGGCGUCUGUGGUCCCUCUUAUCAGUACUUUAGUUUAGACGUUAUUGACUGGCAAGCUGACAUCGAGAAGUGCUUAGCAUGGGAAGCUCACAGCAGACUAGCAACCGGAAUGCCUAUCCAAUAUCUUGAUACUGCCGCCAAGGAAUUAGGCUGCACUAUUUCCUUAUGACAUCAAUUAGCUUUUGCCAUCCUUUUUUUUUAUAGGUUUACGAGUACUUUUUCUUCCUUAUUUCUAGAGAGACUUACACAUAGAAACAGACUCUAUUUCUUGCCAUGGAGAACAUGGGUUUGCGGGCAAGUAAUUAUGCAUUCUGUUGUUGUAGAUAUAAUCAUUGGCCAGACAUUAAAAUCCUUUUGCAAGAAUGACUGCACGUUACUUA